ACGGCCAACCCCCCCCCCCCCCGCCCCUCCUGCCGAAUCCCGAAAGCGUGACCAGUCCCGGCACGGCAGGGAACGCAAGCAAAAAGCUCGCGUCCCAAUUUCCCCCCACAAAAUUCGUUUCCCCAUCUGCGAUUGCCGAUAGUUUUAUUUAAUCCCACCACUUCUUCCUGCUGCUGCUUCCCUUCCACAAGACCACAAGCUCGCGAGCGAGGGGGGGAAAAAAGGAGAGGAGGAGAGGGGGGUCAAGCGAGAAAAAGAAGAAGAAGAAGGGAAGCCUAAGCGCCUUUCCAUUUCGGGAAAUUCUUGGCCGCGCCGCGGAUUCGCCGUGCCCGGCGCCGGUGGCCGGGCUCCCGCGGCUCGUUCCGCCAACCGCGCGAAGGGUCAUGGCGGGCAGCGGGCUUGUGGUGCUGAGAUGACCGGCGCGGGCUCGCGGGUUUGGUCGCGCCCGCCGCGAGGGUAGGUUUAGUGCGCGAUGGAAGGGACGACGGCGGCAGAGGUGGGCGGUGCCAGCGACGGCACGGCAGGGGAUGUGCAGACUAAGGUCAGCAAGGAGAAUGAGCAGCCAGCGCAGCAGCCGUCCGGCAGUGACGCCCUGGAGAUGCCCGCCACGCCGCUCCCGCUCCCGCGGGACAUAGAUUGGUCGGAGCAUUUCUCCUUCUUCACCUCCUUGGGCGGGUAUGAGGGCAGCACGGAUGGUGCGAGGGGCUUGACCAGCGUUGGCCCGUCGAAUUCUGAGUCGAAGCCAGACAGUGUGACGCAGCGCGGUUUGAACGAUGUGGAAGAGAGGGUGGAGGAGCUCACAGUGAAGAAUUGCAUCAACACUGAUGUUCAACACGAGGUUUCUGCUGGCAGAAGCCCAAGUAGUGGGGAUAGGCCUACUGUUAUUAAGGGCCUGUGGGGUAACUUUACACGGAUGGCUUGGAGAACUAGCGAUGUGGCGAGCAGGGAAAACGUAGCAGUGAGUUGUGGUGACAUUGCAAACUUGAGGGCUGGUGAUGCGUCUAGCAGAGAAAAUUUGGCAGCGAGCCUUGCCAACAAUAUGAUCUCACGGAAUAAUGAUAUGUCUGACAAGGAGACACCUAUGAGUCGUGGUGGCAAUGUGAAUAACGAGCGCAUGAUGCCAUUUUGCAAUCCGCAGCUUCUCUUGUCUGCACGACCUAAUCAGAAUGAACAACGAGCUGAAAGGGAGAAUGCUCUUAAAGUAAGUAGCUUUUCAAAUAGAAUUCUUGAUCAGAUCAGAAGUAAGACUGCAACACCUGCGUCUGGGGUUCUAGGAUCCCCUUUUCAGAACAAAUCGAAAGGUAAAGGGGUUGCGUACCAAGAUGCACGGGAGGAGGUCCAAGUGCAAGCUAAUGCAAGGCCCAUAAUCCCUUUGGACUUGAUCCCUACUAUUCCUACCUCGAUGCAUGAUCCUACGGCCAAAGUGGAUCCAUUGCUUUUCAGUAGUGGUGGAAAUGUUUCUAAAUCUCAAUCUGAGGGAACUAGCCUGAGGGAACUGAUUAAGCCUGGGCAGCAAACAAUGAGCAAAUUUGAGAAAAUGCAUUUAUUUAAGCAGAUCCUGGAUUUUGUGGAUAAGUGUCAUGCACAGGGUUUUAAUUUACAACAUUUGCGACCAUCAUAUUUUUCAAUUCCAUCUUCAAGUCAAGUUAAAUAUACUGGUUCUUAUACUACACAAGAUCUAUCAACCUCAAUCAAACAAGACAUCGCUACAGAAGAUAUUGUGAAUAGGAAAAGGUGUUUUGGCCAUAAAUUUGAGCACCAAGAAUCUAAUGGCCAUGUAAAUUCAAUGCUGAAGUAUCAAAAGGUUGGUGAGCAAGAUUCGGUUGCUGUCAGACGAUCGAUACAUACCUUUUGGACUGACCAAAGAGACGACAAUCAAAAUGAAGAUGCCGAUCCAGUUGUUUUGCGGCAAGGAAAUUCUAGUUACACUGUCAGAGAACGUUCUAAGUUUGUUGAACCAUAUGGCAGUAAUACAUCUUGUGCUCAACUUAUAUCUAGUUCUGGCAACCAACAAUCGGCAUUUGAAUUGAGGAAGUUGGAGGAAAGCUGGUACACAAGCCCAGAGGAGCUCAGUCAAUCGAAAGGCACAUUCCCAUCAAACAUCUACAGCCUUGGGGUUCUUCUAUUUGAGCUCUUUUGCUGUUGUGAGACAUGGGAAGUGCACUGUGCUGCAAUGUCAAAUCUUCGCCAACGCAUUCUGCCUCCAAAUUUUCUCUCAGAAAGUCCUAAGGAGGCUGGCUUCUGCCUUUGGUUACUGCAUCCAGAUCCCUGUUCAAGACCAAAAGCUAGAGACAUUCUUGGAUGUGACUUGAUAAAUGAGGGUCGAGAUUUGUCCUUAUUAGAUCAGUCACCAGUUGCCGUAAGUGAAGAUGACACCAGAUCUAGUUUGCUACUCAAUUUCCUUUCUCAAUUGAAAGAAGAAAAGGAGAUGCAGGCUGCCAAGUUAUCAGCAAAUCUUGCAAGCUUACAAACAGAUAUCGCAGAGGUUGGGAGAAGACACUCAACAAGGAUAGGAUUUAGUUUAGAUGACAUGGAUAUACUGGCAAGUUCCAGUGCUUUGUCAGGAGCUUCUACGAGUGCCCCACAAGGUGCAUUGCUGUCAGGUUUGUUACCAUCAUUGUUCAAGUCAAGCAUAUACGAGGAGCGGGUGAUGAAGAAUUUGGAGCAGCUUGAAAAUGCAUAUUACUCCAUGAGGUCCACUGUGGACACGUGUGAAACUAAUGUAAUCAAACGUCCAGAUAAUGAGGCUUUGAGGGUCCGUGAAAAUUUAUAUCAAUUUCAAAGUGAUUCUGAUGCUACGAGUGAGCAAACAGACCGCCUGGGAUGCUUUUUUGAUGGUUUAUGCAAAUAUGCCCGGCACAGUAGGUUUGAGGUACGAGGAAUUUUGAAGAAUGCAGAUAUACUUAACUCUCCGAAUGUCAUUUGUUCGUUGAGUUUCGAUAGGGAUGAAGAAUAUUUUGCUGCUGCUGGAGUUUCGAAGAAAAUAAAAAUAUUUGAAUUUGAUGCACUCUUAAAUGAUCGUGUUGAUGUUCAUUAUCCAUUGAUAGAGAUGCCUAACAAGUCCAAGCUAAGCUGUGUCUGUUGGAACAGCUAUAUAAAGAACUACCUGGCAUCAACAGACUAUGAUGGCACUGUUCAGUUAUGGGAUGCCAGCUCUGGUCAAGGAUUCACACAGUUUACAGAACACCGGAAAAGAGCUUGGUCUGUUAGUUUCUCAGAAGUGGACCCAACUAAGUUGGCAAGUGGGAGUGAUGAUUGUUGCGUGAAAGUAUGGAGUAUUAACCAGAAAAAUUGCAUUGAUACAAUCAGAAAUGUGGCCAAUGUAUGCUGUGUACAAUUCUCCCCAUACUCCGCCCGCAUGCUAGCUUUUGGUUCAUCUGAUUACAAGAUAUACUGUUAUGAUCUGAGGAACACAAGGAUCCCUUGGUGUACUAUUUCGGGACAUGGGAAAGCUGUCAGUUAUGUAAGGUUCUUGGAUCCAGAAACACUUGUCUCUGCAUCAACGGACAACACAUUGAAGAUAUGGGACCUUAACCGGACUAAUUCCAGUGGAUUAUCUUCUGAUUCUUGCAGCCUGACACUGAGUGGUCAUACCAACGAGAAGAAUUUUGUAGGAUUAUCUGUUCACGAUGGAUACAUAACAUGUGGCUCUGAAACCAAUGAAGUAUUUUCUUACUACAAAACCUUUCCCAUGCCAAUAACUUAUCAUAAGUUUGGUUCGAUCGACCCGUUAACUGGACAAGUGACAAAUGAAGACAAUCAACAAUUUGUGUCAAGUGUUUGCUGGAGAGGAAAGUCAAACAUGGUAGUGGCUGCCAACUCUAGUGGCAGCAUCAAAGUGCUUGAGCUUGUGUGAAAAAUCCGAUGAGUUAAACUGAAGGAGAUGAUCUGAAUGCUAAGGUGCUUAGGUGCCACCUUGGUGUGGCGCUGCUCUGACGACCAUGCCUACUGAUACUGAGUGCUCUGCCUCCUCAAUGCAAAACACUAAGCAUCAACUCCCCUUUCUAGGUCUGGGUUUCAUUGUGUCACCAGAGCAGCUAUACGACGCAAUUGCACUAUUCAAGCAACCUACAAUGCCGAUUAUUUGUUUCGAACUCUUUGCUUGAGACUCCCAAGCAAACUCAACAAAAUUUGCGGCCUCAGCUAUUCUGGAAGGAAACUAUCAGCUCUAUUUAUCGUGUUUGUAACUUUAGAUGGCAUUUUGACAGUACUAUUCAUCAUCUUAAGGUGGGCCUAAGGGUCUGUACAGAAUUAACGUCCCUAGGGCCGAUGCAAUAUGUCGUGAGACAUGAUGUGCCUUUGGGCUAGAGAGGCUGACCUGAUACAUCUACUCAAUCAGUAUCUUAUUGGAAAUUAAGUCAGUUUGGGUUAGAGCAAACAAUGGUACAAAAAAAGGUGAUCUUGUAGCUCGAAAAGGUUUAAUCAUGCGGUGUGAAUGUUGCAAGUAGAAUGUGUCUAAUUUUCAAUUCCGCUUAAUUAUUGUACAUAAGUUUAGGAUCGGCUACUGAAAGGCCUUGUUACUAGAGGAGAAUGCUCAAAAGAUUCUGUCACCAAUCCAGUAUGAUUAAUGGUCUUCUCAAAAAGAUUAAUGGCAGAUUGAUACCUGUA